AUUGGAAUGUCAAAAUGGUAUUGGCUCGCUUGAAACCUUAAACAAAUGAAAUUAUUUCAGUUGAAGUUAGCACAAGAGCAGGAAAAGUAAUAUACAAAAUCUUAAACUAAUACAAAAUUGAAAAAAAAACCAAAUUAAAAUGCCAAGGUCUGCCAAAAAGUCCAGGCAAAAACGCAAACGAGACGAAUUCGAGGAGAUUAGUCAUAGUUUCUAUAGGAAAAUGGAAGACACUUUUAAUGCUGCAGACGAUUUGGAGGAACAAUUCAAAGCUUCUGUAGAUACUCAGGUCAACAGUUUGAAAUUGAUGAUUUCAAAGGAUCUGAAAGAGAUGAAAAUGGGUGAAUUUAAGAAAGUAAUCGGUGACCUUUCGCGUUUCUCUGACUUUAAAAUGAGUGAACUCACAAAGAUGAAGGCACCACCGCCCAAAGCAUCCUGUGACCGGAGAUUAAGGAAAACUGGACGACAAAAUGAUAGUGGUUUGGGUGAAAGCAUUUCACACCAGCAGGAAGCAGCAGUUGUUGGUUCCCUUCGAGGACCCUUACACUCGGCUCGGGCUUUACGCAGGAAUGAUAUUGGUCGCUCUCCCCGCAUUGCUGUCCACUCAAAUGAAGUUACAGCCAGGUCCUCCAGUCAUGUGGCACGCCAGAAAACACGCACUCCCAUGGCCAGCAAAUUGAAGUCUUUGAGUGCCGAUCGCAAUGAUUCACCCACCACAUCACCGUUGGCCUUUCUGCGCUAUCCCAAGCCCGGGGAGAUAGCUCUAUCCAAAUUCGGUAGUCCCAUUUUGACACAAGUCAUGACCGAUUCAUUUGCCAAUGUCAAUAUACCCAUACAAGAUGGUGUCCUGUGUUUGACCUCCAAGAAGCUUGUUGAAGGUGAAGUUAACAAGGAUUUGCUGAAAUCUUUGGAUGAGAACAAACUGAAAGAAAUCAAAGUAUUGCAUGCUAAUCUUCAAAAGAUUGUCAAUGCUGCCAGCAAAGCGGGAAUCAAAUAAUUGAAUUUUCUUUAAUUUGUAAUUACGUUUCUACAAAUAAACAAGAUUUGUAAGUUCA